CCCGAUCAGGUGGUAGGUGCAUCGGAUCAGUCGCGUGUAAGACGAUCGGCGAAUUCCUCACCGAACUUGGAUGAUCUUGCACCAAAACCGUCGACCCUUGGCGGUGCACGCUUAGAUUAUACACAUCAAUAUAAUCCUCCUGCUCAGCAGAGGUAUUCAGUCUUUAAAUUCUCCUAUGCUAUUUUUGUUUGUAAUUUGUUGUAA